AUGCUGUACACUUGUCUCCUCUGGCUGUCCACCAGUGGCCUCUGGACUGUCCAGGCUAAGGACGCUGAGGAUGAGAUUAGCAUGAGGAACCACCACCGGGACCUAGCUCCAAACAAUGCCGACUUUGCCUUUAACCUGUAUGAGCACCUAGUGGCCUCAACUCCCGGCAAGAACGUCUUCAUCUCCCCCGUGAGCAUUUCCAUGUCCCUGGCUAUGCUUUCCUUGGGUGCCCAUGGCUAUACAAGGGCCCAGAUUCUGCAGGGCCUGGGCUUCAACCUCACUGAGACUUCCGAGGCCAAGAUCCACCACAGCUUCUGGUACCUCCAUCGCCUCCUCACAGGGUCAGACUCUGGCUUGGAAAUUACCAUAGGCAAUGCCUUGUUCCUCAACAAAAACCUGGAGCUUCUAGAGUCAUUCUCAGCAGACACCAAGCAUUACUAUGAGGUGGACACCCUGGCUACAGAUUUCCAGGACUGGGCCAGAGCCAGUGGGCAAAUCAAUGAGUAUAUCAAGAAUAAGACACAUGGGGAAAACAUGGACUUGUUCUCGGAGUUGCAUAGCCCAGCCAUGCUUAUCCUGGUCAAUUACAUCUUCUUCAAAGGCACAUGGGCGCACGCCUUCAACCCAGAGAGCACCAGAGAGGAGAACUUCUAUGUCAACGAGACAACCCUGGUGAAGGUGCCCACGAUGUUCCAGUCGAACGAGAUGAAGUACCUUCACGACUCAGUGCUCCCCUGCCAGCUGGUGCAGCUGGACUUGGGCAAUGGGACCGUCUUCCUCAUCCUUCCGGACAAGGGGAAGAUAGACACGGUCAUCAAUGCACUGAGCCGGGACACCAUGCAGAGGUGGGCUGACUCCCUCACCAACAGCCUGGUGGACCUGAACAUCCCCAAGAUCUCCAUCUCUGGAGCCUAUGACCUUGGGGACAUCUUGGAGGACAUGGGCACUGUAGGCUUGUACAGCAAGCAGGCAGAUCUCUCAGGCAUCACCCAAGAGGCCCAGCUGAAGGUGUCCAAGGUGGUCCAUAACGCCAUGCUGCAACUGGAUGAGAAGGGUGUGAAGGAAGCUGCCCCUGCUGCAGUCCCCCAAAACCUGGCAUCUAAGCCUGUCGUCAUGCACUUCAACCAGCCCUUCAUCAUCCUGAUCUUCGACUACUUCACAUGGAGCAGCCUUUUCCUCGUCAAGGUUGUGAAUCCUACCUAA